UUCAAUAUUCAAUUCAAUAUCUAUAACGUAACUUUAUUUUACUUUUAGUAUAUAAUUUGACAGCGAUUGUGUGAUUAAUUUUUUUGAAGAGCAUUCUUUAAAAAAAUACAUAUAUUUUUUUUGUUUAAUUUACUCUACAUAUAUGCAAAUUUUGUGAUAAACAUUUUAAUAAAAUAUAAUCAAUCUAUAAUGACCCCCAACGCGAAUAAAGGGAAUGGAAAACGAAGCAGUAAAUGGUCAGUGGAAGCAACAAAGCUAUUAGUCUCAUUUUAUGAAAUGCAACCAUGUCUAUACGAUCGUUUGAAUCCCGAUUAUCGUAAUAAAAAAGUACGAUUGAAAGCGUUAAAUACGAUCACGAAUCAAAUGCAAAAAUGUGAUAAAAAAAUGAAUUAUACAAUGCAAGAUAUAUUAGCAAAAAUAAAUGGUAUAAGAACACAAUUCUCCGUGAUAUGCAACAGCAAGCGUAGAAUAUCAAGCACAACUGGCCAAGAUAUUACGCCCACAUGGUGGUUGUUUGAUCAUUUAAAGUUCUUAAUGCCACAUUUUCGUGGUGUUAAUAAAAAUGAUUCUAUGGUUCAUAUCACACAAGAUAUUUUCAACAACGGAUCAGAACACUUACAACCGAAUCCGGCGUACAUAGAAGAUGGAACAUUCAUAAAUGAUAAUGAACACCAGAUUGAACCCGAACAGCAUGUAGAAACCAAAAUGGAAGUGGUUGAAUUAGACGAUGAAGAAGAGGACCCUAAUAAUCGAUCAACGAAUACUGAUGACAAAUCUGUGAAAGGAGGUGAUGAAUGGGUACCUCCACAACCGUCUAGUGUGGAACAAUGUCACACAACAGUUUUAUCAAAUAUCACACCAAUUAUAUCGAUACAUGAGUCAAAAAAGGAAGAGAAUCAACCAUAUCCAGAUCAAAAAAAUGAUUUAGAUUAUUUAAAUAUAAGUAUUAAUCAUUUAAAAGUUGAAUUAGCAUCAAUUAAUAAUUCAAAUACCCGAAGGCAAUUGUUACGAAAGAUGUUUCAAUUAGUUUACGAUGCCCAAGACCAAGAAUGUUCGACCACAUGUUAGAUUUUUAUCUAUGUUGUUUAUAUCGGCUGCAAUUCUGAAAAUGGUCUCAUUUUAUUUAAAUUUAUAGUAUACAAGAUUGCCUUGAACUGUUUCUAUCAAUAAAAUUUAAAAAUAUAAUCCUGCACAGUUUUGGAUCCGCUGUAACAUGAACGGAAUUAUUGAUAAUAAGUAUAACAGUUAUACUUGAAACUUUUACAUAUGUUUUUACUCGUAAAUAUUAACUUAGUUAUUUCAGUUUGAUUAAUAGUCUAGUCGGCAAGUUGACGGCAACAUCCGAUACUUAGUCUAGUCAACAAGUUUAAAUUGAUGAAAAAUAGAGAUAAUGCUUAACAUUCUUGUCGAAUUUUUUCAAAAUGUACAUUCGAUGACACCCUGUAUAUUCGAUGUCAAAAGUGAAUAGCCGAAUGUUAAUAUUUAGGAAAGCAGAGAUUUUAAUAAAGAAAAGGUAUUCUUAUUAACCAUAUUAUUCAUAUGUAACCAACUUGAGUAGAUACCUUGAUAUAUAAGAAAGGCUCCACGAAGCCAAACAAUUUUACGCCAAUUAUUUAAACAUUUUUUUAGUUUACAAUGAAAACGAAUAUUAGUUUUGUUAAUAAACAGUUGUAUAACUUGUUGAAAAAUUAACUUAAAUAUAAAUUUCCAACGGUAAUAAAUUCUUUCAGGAAUACAGAAAACACAAUAUUUUUAAAUUAAAAUUUAAUAUCUUAAAAAAAUUACUGUUCGAUACUCGUUUGUGACGAUAUUACAACAAUCUAAAAAUGACGUUAAAAGAUCAAUUUUACUGUGUUAAAUUAAAAUUAUAAAUAAUGAAAAUAGACUUCCAGUAUUGGGAAUUUUCCUCUUCUUUAAGAAUCAUUUAAAAUUUCAAAAAUGUUAAUAGCUCAUUUUUAUUUGUUUAUAACUUUUGUAAUUUUGUAUGUGCUAAAAAACACUUCCGGCACAUUUUUCUAGACAUUAUUCCGAAUCCAAGGGCCUAUCACACAUAUUUUUAAGAGCGUUAUCUCUAUUUUUCACCAUUUUAAACUUGCCGACUAGACUAGAAUAUUUUUGGGAAAAUUUUCAGCAGAUUAUUUAAAAAAAAAAAGGGCAAUUUUGUAUAGAAAAACGGCUUCGGUAAAAUUGAAAACACAAUUUAAAAACAUGAGACUUUAAAUACGAUAUAUACGAAGUAUAAAAGAAGCUCAAAUGUAUCCAAUAUUGAGUAAUUUUAUUUAAAAUACCUACCGUACAAAAUUGGAAACCAAUCAGAGAAACUGAUCGCCUUUUUCUGAAUUUCAGUCUAUUUUUUGACAUAGGGCAUGAGACUAGGUUUGAUGGUGUCUUGGAAGACUUCCGUAAUUCUGAAGCAUAACAAACACACAUGCGUAUAUAAUAUUACCAAUGAUUAGAAGAACAAUAUCUGUAUAUGUUCUUUUCAACAAGAUGAUAUUCUUCAUUUAAAAGAAACCGUCGAACAUAGUCAGUCAUAGUGUUAAGGUUUAUAAAUUUUAGUCAUGUAUUCUUUACACAAUUUUUAUUUACUUACAGUCCAAACCAAGCUCAGCUCUCCUUACUGUAACAAAAUGAGUAAAAACUCUCCCUUCAGCCAUCACGAUUGUUAUCGGAACUCUGAAAACAAACAACUAUAAUCUUGAAUUUUUAUAAAUUCUUUGAAAAUGUGCAUAACAUUUUAUUUCGAUUUACACAAGCUAUCAUGCGCGUCGUGAGGGGAGUGCAAGGAUAUACAUUUGCACCUCCCUGCCUUGAAGGCAAAUACACAGAUAAACAUUAAAAAUUUAUUGUCCUCCUCUACUCUUUUCCAACUCAAUCCCAUACGAAAAAAUCUACACCAUUAAUUAAACGUACAGUAAAUACGGUCAAUUCGUCAAUAAAAUCACAUCUCCGCUGCUUCCAGAAGUAAUUCUGUUCUUUUUGCCACAGUCCACGACUCGCAUACAUACAAUAAUACAGGCCACAUAUAACACUUUAGCACCCAAGUCUUAACCCUGGUCUUUUAGAAAUUGUUUUAGAAAAUUCUUUUAUAAAUGGCUUUUCUUUUAGAAACGCCAGUAAAACGACCUGAAUUAAUUAAAAGCUACCUUUAAGAGGGUCACACGCCUCUUGAUCUUAUGUGCACAUCUACCAUUUUCAACUAUAAGAGCUCCAAGGUAUACAUAUUGGUUCACUUUUUCCACUAUGAUGUUAUAAAUUCUUCAUUCGCAUUUGGUUUUUUUUUGCUUAUCA